AGAGCUACUAUUAACAAUGAAAGUUUUAGCAAUAACUUUAUUUAGUACUUUGAUAAUUAUUGCAUCUCAAGCUAAGUUAAUUGCAAAAGAAAAAGGCAAACAAAAUAUGAAUGAAUCGUACGAACUGAAGAGAGAAAAAUUAUCAAGGCAAGAAAGAAUUCUUCGUGAUUUUUUUAAUUCUUACAAUAGUAAAAUUCGGAGGCCGAGAGAAUUCACCAAGAAAUCGAAAGAGCCUGAUAAUAUUACCGAAAUUAAAUCAACAAUUAAUCCAAAAGUAGCUCUUGUAAAGAAGCCCUUACCUAAGUUUACUGAUGCUGACACUAGUGAAGAAGAUUAUCAGUUGAAAAUGAAAUAUCCCGUUAAAUAUUUUGAUUCCAUGGAGCACGAAGACGAGGACUUCAAUCUUGACGAUUACGACUUUGAUAUUCAUCACGAUGAGUUUGCUGGAAGAGGCAAGCCUUUAGAACCCAGAACGAAAAUAAAGUUAACUGAGAGACGUACAGGACUCGAAUCUAUUAAAGAAGGUGUGGAAAGACCUAAGUCCCCAUUAAGUCAGAAUAAAGUAGUCAUGCCACGGAAAAUUAACCACGCGUCUAAUAAAGUUGUACGAAAAGCUGUUCAAGUGAUAAAAAUCGAUGACUAUGAUGAUGAUUUUUCGACCAGUACUGGAGCCCCAAGAAAGGAAACCAAACCCAGUGAUGAUGAUAUGAGUAACGAGAAUGAAGACAGUAAGGAAUAUGAAAGUCAGGGCUCAGUGAGAACAGUAAGGUCACCUGCGAUCUUCAGUAACUAUUUUGAAAAGUUUAAUGAAAGAUCAACCGCAUUUAUGUCAAAAAUUUUAAGCUACCUUCCGAUAUUUCCCCAAGUACCUCCACCAAAAAACUAGACAAGGUGCCAGUUAUACUGAACAAAUCAACGCUUGAUUAUUUGCUAGAAAUAGCUAUAUUAUAUGUUAUAAGAUUAUGUCUUUUGUCCAAAACAAAGUCGAAGUGACAAGUUUUUUGCCCAUUUUAUGAAUCACGUGUUAAU